ACCUCUUGUCAGAAGGAAGGGAGUCACUUGGCCAGCAUCCAUAGCCUUGAGGAGCACAGCUUCAUGGUGUCUCGGCUUGGGUACAAGCCAACAGACAAGCUAUGGAUUGGGCUAAAUGAUCGUAAGGUUCAAAUGUAUUUUGAAUGGAGUGAUGGUACCCCAGUGACAUACACGAAAUGGCAUCUGGGAGAGCCAUCCACCACAAACAACAGGCCAGAGGAUUGUGUACUGAUCAAGGGCCAGGGUGGCUAUUGGGCAGACUAUGCCUGUGAGAAGGAAGCUGGCUACAUUUGUAAGAGAAAACCUGUAUCACAAGUAGCUGGUGAAACGGAAAUUACUGAUGCAGGUUGCAAUGAAGGCUGGAGAAGAUAUGGGACAUACUGCUACUUUAUUGGACAUGUUCCAGCAACAUUUUCAGAAGCAAACAUCACUUGUGAAGGAGAAAAAGGUUACUUAGCCACAGUUGAAAGUAGGUAUGAACAAGCCUAUCUGACUAGCCUUGUUGGACUGAGGCCUGAGAAAUAUUUCUGGCUUGGUCUCUCUGAUGUGGAGGACCAAGGCACUUUCAGGUGGGCCAAUGGUGAAGUAGUUUCCUUCACUCAUUGGGAUGCAGCAAUGCCUGGAAGUAAGCCAGGAUGUGUAGCCAUGAAAACUGGGAGUGCUGCUGGAUUGUGGAAUGUUCUUGACUGUGAGACAAAGCAAAGGUAUAUCUGCAAGCAGUGGGCAAAGGGAGCUACAGCUUCACCUCUGCCAACUACCGCUCCAGUCCCCACAUGCCCUGAAGGCUGGAUAUCAAACAACCAUGGUAAUUCCUGUUUUAAAUGUUUCUGCAGAACAAAUGCUAAAAAGAAAUCGUGGCUUGAAGCUCGAGAUUUUUGUAGACAAAUAGGAGGGGACCUAGUCACCAUUAACAGUAAAGAGGAGAUACCGUUACUAAGAAAAGCAAUGUAUGAAAGUCGCUGUAGCUUUAACGAAGUUUGGCUUGGUAUAUUUUCCUUGAAUCCAGAUGAAGGAUUUGCCUGGAGUGAUGGCUCUCCAGUUAGGUACACAAACUGGGAUGACAGUCCAAGACAUUCAGGAGGAUACAAGUUCUGUGGCCUACUCAAUGGAGGGAGAUUUUCUAAGGGAUGGUUCCUUUCAGUCUGUGAAGUACAGCUUGACUGGAUUUGUCAAAUAAAAAAAGGAGUACCAUUAAAACCUGAACCAAUGGACACAUAUGCAUACAAAACCACUGCAGAUGGAUGGGUCAUAUAUGAAGAUCAGCUAUAUUAUAUCAGCAAAGAAUCUGUCUCUAUGGAAAGAGCCCAAGAGUUUUGCAGGAUGAAUUCUGCAGACCUGGCUGUUGUUAACAGUAAUAGUGAGAGAAGAUUUCUAAAGAGAGUGCUUAAAGAAAAUGAGAAAUACUGGAGUGAGUCGACAGAAUACUUCAUUGGUCUAAAACUGAGCCUUGAUAAAAGGUUUAGCUGGAUAGAUGGGACUCCAGUAACCUAUGUGGCCUGGGCUCCUAAUGAACCCAACUUUGCAAAUAAUGAGGAAAAUUGUGUGGUUAUGUUGUCAGAACAUGGCUUGUGGAAUGAUGUAAACUGUGGUUCACCCCAUCAAUUUAUAUGUGAAAAACAUAACAGUACUAUUCAUUCAACAUUUGCUUCUUCACUGCCUCCUGGAGGAUGUCCAGAAAGUUGGUUUUUCUUUAACAACAAGUGUUUCAAAAUAUUUGCUUCAGAUAUAACAAGAAAUCUCAUGUGGCAUGCUGCACGAGACGCUUGUAUCAAUUUGGGAGGAAACCUGGCUACCAUACCAAAUGAACAAGUGCAAGCUUUCCUCUUCUAUCAUUUAAAGGAUGCCAUUACAGAUGUUUGGAUUGGGAUGAAUGAUAUCAACAAAGAGUCCGAAUUUCUUUGGACAGAUGGAAGCACUGUUUCCUACACCAACUGGCUUAAUGGUGCACCAGAAAAGAAACAAAGCUACUAUGACUACUAUGAUGCUGAAAUAUUGACAGACAUCACUAUGGAGACAGAUUGUGUCUUCAUCAUUAAGUCAGAGGGGAAAUGGAGAGAUGACACUUGUUACAACGAGAGAGGCUACAUAUGCCAGAUGAAUUCACUUACCACCCAGUAUGAAGUACCAACAACAAAUCCAUCCUCUGGCUUUGUCCGUUAUGGUGACAGUAGCUACUCAAUCAUCUCAUCUGAAAUGCAAUGGGAAGAGGCCAGAAAAAAUUGUCAAGAUAAAUCUGCAGAACUUGCCAGCAUUUCAGAUGCCUACAUUCACUCCUUCUUGUGGAUCCAGAUGUUGAAAUAUGGAAAACCUGUAUGGAUCGGUCUAAAGAGCAGUCCUACUGGCAGCUAUCACAAAUGGACAGAUAACUGGAAAACCAGGUACACAAAAUGGGCAGCAGAAGAACCAAAGGAGAAAAAUGCUUGUGUCUACCUAGAUCUUGAUGGUACUUGGAAAACAUCAUCCUGCAAUGAAAGCUACUUUUCAGUUUGUAAGACUUCAGAUGCUAUGGCUCCUACUGACCCUGCUCAGCUGCCCGGAGACUGCCCUGAAGCACCAGAACUCCGAGCUUGGAUCCCUUAUGGUGGCCACUGCUACUACCUCGAAGCAUCAGCUGGGACAAGCUGGGCAGUGGCCUCCUUAGAGUGUGCUGAGCUAGGUGCUACCUUGGUUUCAGUAGAAAAUAUGGAUGAAUCUGACUUUCUGAUCCAUACAAUACAACCACUUGGAAAUAAAGUGGGAGGCUUCUGGAUAGGACUUUACCGAAAUGUGGAUGGACAGUGGGUGUGGCUAGAUAAUGCUGUGCUGGACUUUGUCAAUUGGGAGGAGAAAGAGUCCAGUGUGGAGCAUCACUGUGUUGAAAUGACUGCACCAUCUGGUUACUGGGACAACUCUGAUUGCUCUUCUGAAAAAGGAUUUAUCUGCAAAAAACCCAAAGCAAUCUUUACGUUACAAGGAAAUGCCAAUGGACAGCUGUGUGUAUUUCCUUUCAAAUAUGAAGGCAAAGAGUACAAUGAGUGCACAGAUGCUGGUAGACCAAAUGGCUGGCUCUGGUGUGCCACAACUGCAGACUUUGAUGCUGAUAAACUGUAUGGAUUUUGUCCACUAAUAAAUGACACAGAAAGAUUUUGGACAGAAGAUGUUUCAACUGGUGGUGUUCACUAUCAGAUAAACUCAGAAUCAGCUCUAACAUGGCACCAAGCAAGGAAAAGCUGUCAGCAGCAAAAUGCAGAGCUAUUAAGUAUCACAGAGAUACAUGAGCAGGCAUAUAUAGGAGAACUAAUAAAAAACUUCAGUUUUCCAUUCUGGAUUGGUUUGAAUGCUUUGAAUUUCAACAGUGGAUGGCAAUGGGCUGGGGGCAGCCCUUUCAGGUAUUUAAACUGGGCUCCAGGAAGUCCUUUUCUGCUGCCUGGGAAAAUCUGUGGAGUGAUGAAUCCCAAAAAGAAUGCUAAAUGGGAAAACCAAGCAUGUAACCAGAGACUUGGCUACAUUUGUAAAAAGAGAAAUUUCAGUUCAAAGUCUGACACUAUACCCAAAGAAGAAUUGAGAGCUAUUAAGUGCACAGAUGGUUGGUUGCCAUAUGCAGGGCACUGCUACAGCCUUCAACGAGAACUCAAAACAUGGAAAGAUGCUCUGACUUCAUGUAAGAAGCAAGAUGGAGAUUUGGCAAGUGUGCACAACAUUGCUGAAUACAGCUUUCUAGUGUCACAGCUUGGUUACAAGCCAACAGAAGAGCUAUGGCUGGGUCUCAACGACAUGAAAGCUCACUUCUAUUUUGAGUGGAGUGACGGGACUCCUGUGACAUUCACCAAAUGGCAGCGCAGGCAUCCCACCUACACAAAUGGUCUGGAGGACUGUGUUGUUAUGAAGGGACAGGAUGGAUACUGGGCAGCUGAUGUUUGUGAUAAGCAGCGUGGUUACAUCUGUAAAAAGAAACCUUCAUCACAGUCCUCAGAAAAAGAGACAAUAGAGGACCCAGGCUGUCAGAAAGGUUGGAAAAGAUAUGAUUUCCAGUGUUAUUUGGUGGGCUCUGCACUGCUGAUGUUCUCAGAAGCAAGUAAGAUGUGUGAACAGAGCAAAGCUCAUCUAGCCACAGUGGAAAGCAGAAAUGAGCAAGCCUUUCUGAUUAGUCUGAUGGGGCUGAGGUCUGAAAAAUAUUUCUGGAUUGGUCUCUCCAACACAGAAGAACAAGGGAGUUUCAAGUGGACCAGUGGUGAAACUCCUCUCUUCACACAUUGGAACAUGGGAAUGCCAGGAAAAGAGCAAGGCUGUGUUGCCAUGGGAACUGGAAUUACAGCCGGAUUAUGGGAUGUUGUCAGCUGUGAGAAGACAGCAAAAUUUCUUUGCAAACAACAGGCAGCAGGAGUCCUGCCUCCCCCUUCUCUGGUACAGGUACCUGCAGCUGCCUGUGCUGAAGGCUGGGACAGAGGUUCCCGGGCAGACUCAUGCUUAAAAUUUUUUGUGAGAGAGGGAAACCAAAAGAAGUCUUGGUUUGAGGCUGAAGAAUUCUGUAGAGAAAUAGGAGGAAAUCUGGUCACAAUCAAUACAAGAGAAGAUCAAAUUUUAACAUGGCAAUUAGCAUCUGAUAAAGGUCUGAACACUCAGGCUUUCUGGAUUGGUUUGUUUCUCUUGAAUCCUGAUGAAGGGUUUGCCUGGAUUGAUGGCUCCCCUGUAACUUAUGAGAACUGGGAUGAAGAUGAACCUAACAAUCAUGAAGAACGUGAACAUUGUGUUAUGUUUAAUAGAUCGCCUCAGAUGCGCUGGAAUGACUUGCGCUGUGAACAUUUACUUAAUUGGAUUUGUGAAACAAAAAAAGGUACACUGCUAAAACCUGAACCACACGACUACCAACUUGAAUAUCAAACCACUGGUGAUGGAUGGGUUAUACAUGAAGAUAAGCAGUACUAUUUCAGCAUAGAACAUGUCCAUAUGGAAGAAGCACGGAGAAUUUGUCAGAAGAACUUUGCAGAUCUUGUUGUCAUUGAGCAUGAAAGCAAAAGACAAUUUCUCUGGCAAUAUGUUCACACAAAACACAGAGAGAAAUCAUAUUUCAUUGGCUUAGUUGUCAGCUUUGAUCAGAAAUUCAGCUGGCUGGAUAAGACCCCAGUGAAUUACGUUGCCUGGGCUCCAAAUGAACCCAACUUUGUGAAUAAUGAUGAAAACUGUGUCAUAAUGUCCAAAGAUUUUGGCCUUUGGAAAGAUAUAAGUUGUGCUGUGAAAAAUAACUUCAUCUGUGAAAGGCACAAUUCGAAUUACUCAGGAUUUACUCCUGCUGUGUCUCAGCCUUUGGGGGGAUGUCCUGAAACUUGGCUUUUAUUUAAGAAUAAGUGUUAUAAAAUAUUUGGAGCCAGAGAAGAAGAAAGACUGACUUGGCACUCUGCCAGAAGUGCUUGUAUAGAAUUCGGGGGGAAUUUGGCCUCUAUACAUGAUGAACAAGUGCAAGCGUUCCUCACAUUCCACAUAAAAGAUGUCUCCAAUGAAACAUGGAUUGGACUGAAUGAUAUUACCACUGAGAAUAACUACCUUUGGACAGAUGGAAGUGUUUUUGACUAUUCAAAGUGGGCAACAAAAUUCCCAUUUAGAGAUGAAUACAAGAGAGUUGACUGGAAAUAUAUUACAAUAGAGACUGACUGUAUUGCAAUGGCAACAAGAUCUGCAGAUAAAGCAGGGUACUGGGAAAACACUGACUGCCAGCAUAACAAAAGCUAUAUUUGCCAGAUGGGCAGCAAGCCUGAACUGUGGCAUUCCACAACUGCUCCGGCUUCUGAUUUCAUCCAUUAUGGUAACAGCAGCUAUUCAAUCAUUCCUUCUAAAAUGAGUUGGGAGGAAGCAAGAAAAGCCUGCAAGGAGAAAUCUUCAGAGCUUGCCAGCAUUUUUGAUUAUUACAGUAAUAUAUUCCUGCUGCUGCAGGCAGUGCAAUAUGGAGAGGCAUUAUGGAUUGGGCUCAACAGCAAUGUGACUUACGGCUAUUACAGAUGGACAGAUAAAAGGAAAAUAAUUUUUUCUCAUUGGGACUAUGGAGAACCAAACCAGCAAAUAGCCUGUGUCUAUCUAGAGCUCCGUGGGACCUGGAAAACAGCAACUUGCAAUGAAAAGCAUUUUCCUGUCUGCAAAAAAUCUGAGCAUGUACUUCCUUCUGAUCACCCUCAGGAUAUUGGAAAAUGUCCUGAAUCUGAUCACAUAUUUUGGAUUCCUUUUGGAAGCUACUGCUAUAAUUUCAAUGCCAAUGAAAUGAGCUGGGCUCAGUCUGUGGCUCAAUGCAUUCAAUCAGGCGGUAUGCUGACCUCUGUGGAAGAUCUGGCUGAAUCAAACUUUUUAGCAGAGCAUGCAGACUUCUACACAAGCAAGACAAGUGGCUUUUGGAUAGGAAUAUACAGAAAUGUAAAUGGGCAGCUGCUGUGGCAAGACAACAGUGCCUUAGACUUUGUCAACUGGGGUGAAGGCCAGCCCUCCGGGGACCUGCUUGAUUACUGCGUGGAGUUGUCCACAUCCACCGGCUACUGGAGUAUCCUUCCUUGCUCUUCCCAAAAGGGUUUUAUUUGUAAGAAACCAAAGACAAUUCCUAAAGAAGCUGCAGACAUGGAAGAUGUAAAAAAUGACAAACGACAUGGUCACACGAACAUGUGGAUCUUGCUUACUCUGGCCUUCCUCAUUUUAUCAGCAGUGGGCUUGAUGAUUUACUUCUUAUUCAAGAUCAAAAUUCAAUGUGAGACUGAGAGAGAGGCAAGACAGCACAGCACACUGGUAGAAUACAGCCAUAUCCUAACUAGAAAGGACAAUGAAAAUGAUUCUACUGACAACAAAGAAAAAAAUGAACAUACCAUUGUCUAAUAGGACAUCACAGCCAAACUAGCUGGUUAAGCUUAAAAAUAAGUUACAUGAACCUAACAGACACAAUGAACUAAAAUUAGCAAAUAUUCCUUUGGUACGGAUUAAGAGCUGUUGCUCUAUGCUUUUCAAGAAAUAGUCUCAAAACUAAGACUCAGCACUGUAUAAAGUGGUUAAUUAAACACUCAUUUACCCAUUAUUGUCUCAUUUUACACUCUUCACACAAAUAUCUUCCUUGCCUAGCAUGGUAAGUCAAACGCAAGUACUUGUCCUUCCUUUGUGACUUCAACUUGGAUUUUUCAAAACAAAUAAAUCUCUGCAGACAUUCAGUCAUAUUCUAUGACUUUGGAUGUUUUGUAUCAGUAACGAAUAUAUAUCAAUAAAGGAUCUGUCUUACAUAAUAA